AUGAAACUCACUUUCGCUGCUUUACUUGUGCUCCUGCCCUUUGCACUUGCGUCUCCAGUCCUUGAGCGCAGGCAAGUUGACAUGACCUCGCACUGUGGUCAAUGGGAUACAGUGACUGCGGGCUCAUACGAACUUUUCCUCGAUCAAUGGGGCAUUAGUGGCGCGACGGGUUCGCAAUGCGCUCAGAUUACAUCACUCUCAGAAUCGAUGAUCGCAUGGAAGACGAACUGGACGUGGUCUGGAGGCAAUGGCGUUAAGACCUUCUCGAACAUCCAACAGAACGAUGGUGUUGGUGUGCAGCUCAGUGCUAUCAAGAGCAUGCCAUCAACUUGGAAGUGGUCAUACGAUAUCUCCAGUGGUGCUGUUGCAGACGUCGCGUACGAUCUAUUCACAGCAAGUUCGCUUGAUGGUGCGAACGUCAACGAGAUCAUGAUUUGGCUUGCGAAUUAUAAUGCAGGCUCAAUUUCGGCGACAUACGGAGCAGAUGGAAAGCCAACGCCUGUCGCAUCCGGUUUGAGUAUAGCUGGACAGACUUGGAAUCUCUAUUUCGGUUCAAACGGCGCGAACAACGUGUACUCGUUCCUCCCGAGCUCAGGUAAUACGGUCACCAGUUUCAGUGGUGAUAUCAAUGACUUCUUCACGUACUUGACAUCCGAGCAAGGAGUUGCAACUUCUCAGUAUCUGAAGACUGCUCAAGCUGGAACAGAACCGACCUCAGGAAGUGGGACACUGACGACGUCUGCAUAUAGUCUUGUCAUCAACUGA